UUCAUAUUCACGUUCACAUUCACUCAAAGGGCGCCAAAAACCCCGUCAUAAUUCAACCAGACACCAGACAACGAAGUGCCCCCUCGACACCACCCCGCCCCUCCAAGAACACCCCGAUAUAGUCAAAAGUCUGGAUGGCAAUCUUUCCAUAGUCAUAAACCGCCACAACCAUGUCGGACCUCCUCAUCAAACCCGAUCCUGAUGCGCCUGGCGCAUCGCCCGCUGCCCUCAGCGAGGAAGAUAUCUACGAAGAUGCUGGUGACCUCGAGUUCAACAAUGAUGACAAGUACCAGCGACUCUACCUUGCGCGCGUACCGAAAUACGUUUGGGAAGCGUGGUCCAAACUCGACGACAAUGAGGAGAUCAGAAUUGGCACAAUCAGGCAGUCUUUCGAGACAGAUGCGAAUGGCGUGGAGAAAGUAAGCGCCCAUCCGGCCUUUCAAUAUGCAAAUAAACUUACUAUAAUCAGCAAACAUCCCUCUCGAUGCUACUCUCAUCCGAAAUUGUCGAGCACCAGAUGGUCCCAAAGGAAUAUUUACUGGAUGUGACGGAGGAGCAUGUCAAGAAUACCUUUGUCUUCACCGAACAAGACCUCCCUGGCUUCAAAUCCAAGUCCAAGCAAAAGUUUGACCUCGCCAGCGCGAAUAUGCCCGGUAGACUUAGUAUGGCAAAGAAGAAUAGCGAAAAGGCAAAGACACCAUACGACCCCAACAAGAGAUUCCAGCCAUAUUAUAGAAAAGCCAUACCGAGUUAGUAUUUGCAGGCAGUGGGUUUGAGCUGCUUGGCUGACUUUGACAUAUAGAACGUACUACUCUUACUGGAAGAGUUGCUCAUGAGGUAAACUGUGUCGCGGUGGAAAAUGAAGAAUCAGAACGUUUGCUUGCCCAACGAACCAUUGAAGCCAUGCAGCCCAAGGUCUCAACCAUGUAUAUUGCAGACCAGGACCUCAACGAUAUGCCCACUGGUUUCAUCCAACCAGGGACAGUUGCGGCAGGCCAAAAAUGGGGCACUUUCAUCGUUCGUCUAACCAACUUGUCUGAUCGUGCUCAUCAUACUAACAUAAAUGAUAGAAAACAAGUGGUCCAGUGGCUGGCAAGAAAUCACAACUUCAAAAGACUGCUCGUAUGCCUCAAAACGAACUUCUGGACAGACUUUUCAGUUGCUUCAGUCGGCAUAGGUAUUGGCCCAUGAAGGCUUUACGUCAAGAGCUCCAACAACCAGAAGCCUAUCUUCGUGAAACUCUGGAUCGGAUUGCAAUUCUCCACAAGAGUGGUCCAUUCGCCACGAAUUGGGGAUUGAAGCCAGAGAAUAGACAAGAGAACUACUCAGAGAUUGCUGAUACGGUAGCGCCAGCAGAGGACGCUGAAAUGGACGAUGAGGAUGAUGAUGACGUCGAUAUGAAAUUCGAGGACGUAUGAGAGUUCCGUAUCGAAAAAUUUCCGCUCGAGAGGAUCAAUGGCAUAAGCGGCGUUUGGGUGGGCUAAAGUGGAAAUUCAACGGGUUGCAUUUCGAGGUGUUAUUAAGCAUAUACAGGCAAAGGGA